AUGAAUUCACAUAACGCAGAAAUUGAUGUUGAGCCUCAUCGACAAGAAAUUAUAAAUAACUUAAAUAAUGUUAGAAGUCGGAUUAAAGCUUUAACACGAGGAAGACAGGAAGUUAGAUUGGUUGCAGUUAGUAAAUUAAAACCAGUAUCAGAUAUUUUGAUAGCUUAUGAAGCUGGGCAAAGACAUUUUGGUGAGAACUAUCUUCCGUUGGAUAUCCAGUGGCAUUUUAUUGGAAUGGUACAAAGUAAUAAAUGUAAAAUGCUCGCUGCAAUACCAAAUUUGUGGGCAGUCGAAACAAUAGAAGAUAAAUCUAAAGCUUCAAUGAUGAAUAAAGUCUGUGCAUCAAGGGAAUCACCUUUGAGAGUAUUCGUUCAAGUAAACACUAGUGGAGAAGAAACUAAAAACGGAAUAAAACCAGAGGAAUGUUUUUCGUUGUUAGAUCAUGUUUUAGAUAAUUGUGAAAAUUUAAAACUUACAGGACUUAUGACGAUCGGAGCACGGCAUAGGGAAAAUGUUGAACAGAAUCCAGAUUUUAUCAUUUUAAAAAAUUUACAAACACAAUUUAAAAAUUAUCGAGGAAUAGAUUUAGAAUUAAGUAUGGGAAUGUCUGAUAAUUUUGAAGUAGCAAUAAAAUUGGGAUCUACAAAUGUAAGAACUGGUAGUACUAUUUUUGGUGUUAGGUCCUAA